CUAUAAAGCUACUGCUGAUCAAACCGGGUGACUGUCGUCAUCCUCCAGAGCGCACAAAGCACGCAGUAGCCUAGUCAUAUUUCACCGGCGCAUAACGGACACCGGACAGGACAUUCCUCUUCAUAAUGGAGUUGUUCCCAGGGCUGGUGAUGCUGGUGGCUCUAAUGGUUUCAGUUGGUGCUGAAGGCGGCGUCGGCCCCAGCAACAACUCCAGUUUCUGCUCCGAGUCAAAGGAAUGUCUGGAGUAUGAGCUGGUGUGCAAAACAGAUGAAUAUGAGGUCCGUCACUACAGUCCUACUCGUUGGGUGUCUACGGAUGCGGAGGCCUACUUCAUGGGGGUGGGAGCAGCCAUGGCCUUCAGGAGACUGUUCCAGUAUAUCACUGGGGCCAACAACGGAGGUCUCCAGAUGGAGAUGACUGCUCCAGUCCUGGUGAGGAUCCCUGAGGAGACCAGGAUGUGGGAACCAGCCAUCUACACCCUCAGUUUCCUGCUUCCAGCGGCCUAUCAGGAGAGACCUCCCACACCUACCAAUGACAAGCUCUACUUUACUGAGAUGCCCUCUAUGGAUGUGUACGUGCGUAGCUACGGAGGCUGGAUGUUGUCAGUGACCUCCAGGCUUCACGCUCACCUACUGACCAAGGAGCUGGCCAGGGUCCAGGCUGACUACAACCACACCUACCACUACGGAGUGGGUUACGACAGUCCUCUGAAGCUGCUGAACAGACACAAUGAGGUGUGGUACGUAGCUGAGGGAGAGGCUGUCUGCUCUGACCCCCAAGAACCAACCCCACCACACACACCUACCCCCACACACACACCCAAUGCCACACACACACCCAACGCCACACACACACCCAACACCUCACACACACCCAACACCUCACACACACCCAACACCUCACACACACCCAACGUCACACACAUCCCCUCCAGCACCAUCUCUGACUCCCCCUCAGAUCUCCCAGCCAACCGGCCACCCACCCCCUCCCAGGCCCCCGAGGUGACCCCCUCUCAGGGCUCGGUGGUCAGGGAGACCCCCUCGGCCAACAGCUCUGACCCCCAGACGGACGGCCCCUGGAACAACACUGUGGAGGCCUCCCUGGAGGACACCCCCUCUGAUAACGCUGUCGCCGACCCCGCUGACCUCAACCUGGCCUAGUCCUGCAAUACUAUACAUGACCCUGAACAGUAGAGGGGUACAGAGGGCUGCUGUGGUGAGAGAGCUCCUUCAGUUAGAUGUCCAUUUGGAAUUGGGCCCUUGUCUCAGUAUUUACUGUAAUACACCACCGCCCCCUACUGGUGUCAUAUGGUGACUACACAUAUUAGCUUUAUUCACCUGCCGCUCACCUGUUAUCCGUGUUACCACACUGAUCUGUUAUCCAUGUUACCACACUGAUCUGUUAUCCGUGUUACCACACUGAUCUGUUAUCCAUGUUACCACACUGAUCUGUUAUCCAUGUUACCACACUAAUCUGUUAUCCAUGUUACCACACUGAUCUGUUGUUCAUGUUACCCUGUUAUCCAUGUUACCACACUGAUCUGUUAUCCAUGUUACCCUGUUAUCCAUGUUACCACACUGAUCUUUUAUCCAUGUUACCACACUGAUCUGCUGUCCAUGUUACCACACUGAUCUGUUAUCCAUGUUACCACACUGAUCUGUUAUCCAUGUUACCACACUGAUCUGUUAUCCAUGUUACCACACUGAUCUGUUAUCCAUGUUACCACACUGAUCUGUUAUCCAUGUUACCCUGUUAUCCAUGUUACCACACUGAUCUGUUAUCCAUGUUACCACACUGAUCUGUUAUCCGUGUUACCACACUGAUCUGUUAUCCAUGUUACCACACUGAUCUGUUAUCCAUGUUACCACACUGAUCUGUUAUCCAUGUUACCACACUGAUCUGUUGUUCAUGUUACCCUGUUAUCCAUGUUACCACACUGAUCUGUUAUCCAUGUUACCCUGUUAUCCAUGUUACCACACUGAUCUUUUAUCCAUGUUACCACACUGAUCUGCUGUCCAUGUUACCACACUGAUCUGUUAUCCAUGUUACCACACUGAUCUGUUAUCCAUGUUACCACACUGAUCUGUUAUCCAUGUUACCACACUGAUCUGUUAUCCAUGUUACCCUGUUAUCCAUGUUACCACACUGAUCUGUUAUCCAUGUUACCACACUGAUCUGUUAUUCGUGUUACCACACCGAUCUGUUAUCCGUGUUACCACACUGAUCUGUUAUCCAUGUUACCACACUGAUCUGUUAUCCAUGUUACCACACUGAUCUGUUAUCCAUGUUACAUCCAUGUUACCACACUGAUCUGUUAUCCAUGUUACCACACUGAUCUGUUAUCCAUGUUACCACACUGACCAAUGGCAGCACUGUAGAUAUAACCCUGACCAAUGGCAGCGCUGUAGAUCUAACCCUGGCCAAUGGCAGCGCUGUAGAUCUAACCCUGACCAAUGGCAGCGCUGUAGAUCUAACCCUGGCCAAUGGCAGCGCUGUAGAUCUAACCCUGACCAAUGGCAGUGCUGUAGAUCUAACCCUGACCAAUGGCAGUGCUGUAGAUCUAACCUUGACCAAUGGCAGUGCUGUAGAUCUAACCCUGACCAAUAGCAGCGCUUUAGAUCUAAACCUGGCCAAUGGCAGUGCUGUAGAUCUAACCCUGGCCAAUAGCAGCGCUGUAGAUCUAACCCUGGCCAAUGGCAGCGCUGUAGAUCUAACCCUGACCAAUGGCAGCGCUGUAGAUCUAACCCUGGCCAAUGGCAGCGCUGUAGAUCUAACCCUGACCAAUAGCAGCGCUGUAGAUCUAACCCUGGCCAAUAGCAGCGCUGUAGAUCUAACCCUGACCAAUAGCAGCGCUGUAGAUCUAACCCUGACCAAUAGCAGCGCUGUAGAUCUAACCCUGGCCAAUAGCAGCGCUGUAGAUCUAACCCUGGCCAAUGGCAGCGCUGUAGAUCUAACCCUGGCCAAUAGCAGCGCUGUAGAUCUAACCCUGGCCAAUGGCAGCGCUGUAGAUCUAACCCUGGCCAAUGGCAGCGCUGUAGAUCUAACCCUGGCCAAUAGCAGCGCUGUAGAUCUAACCCUGGCCAAUGGCAGCGCUGUAGAUCUAACCCUGGCCAAUAGCAGUGCUGUAGAUCUAACCCUGGCCAAUGGCAGCGCUGUAGAUCUAACCCUGGCCAAUGGCAGCGCUGUAGAUCUAACCCUGGCCAAUGGCAGCGCUGUAGAUCUAACCCUGACCAAUGGCAGCGCUGUAGAUCUAACCCUGACCAAUGGCAGCGCUGUAGAUCUAACCCUGACCAAUGGCAGCGCUGUAGAUCUAACCCUGGCCAAUAGCAGCGCUGUAGAUCUAACCCUGGCCAAUGGCAGCGCUGUAGAUCUAACCCUGACCAAUGGCAGCGCUGUAGAUCUAACCCUGACCAAUGGCAGCGCUGUAGAUCUAACCCUGACCAAUGGCAGCGCUGUAGAUCUAACCCUGACCAAUGGCAGCGCUGUAGAUCUAACCCUGACCAAUGGCAGCGCUGUAGAUCUAACCCUGACCAAUGGCAGCGCUGUAGAUCUAACCCUGACCAAUGGCAGCGCUGUAGAUCUAACCCUGACCAAUAGCAGCGCUGUAGAUCUAACCCUGGCCAAUGGCAGCGCUGUAGAUCUAACCCUGGCCAAUGGCAGCGCUGUAGAUCUAACCCUGGCCAAUAGCAGCGCUGUAGAUCUAACCCUGGCCAAUAGCAGCGCUGUAGAUCUAUCCCUGACCAAUAGCAGCGCUGUAGAUCUAACCCUGACCAAUAGCAGCACUGUAGAUCUAACCCUGACCAAUGGCAGCGCUGUAGCAGUGUGGUAACUUUAUUCUCCUUUAUCAUUAUUCAUUGUUUACAGAUAAAGUUGUAUUUCUGUCACACUGACUAGAAGGUUCUCCACUCGUUGUCGUCUCCGUUGUCUAUUUAUUUGUCAUUAUUUAUACAUGUAUUUUCUGUCUGUUUGCAGCUUUUACAUUCAGCUUGAUAUCAGUCGGUAGUGUAUAAUGACUCACCAUGUCUGUAUGACACGAUGGUGUGUGUGAAAAUGCUUAACUUGUAUCAUUAGUCAAAUAGUCGAAAUGUAACCAUUUAAAAGUGAUAGACUGAUGUUUCAUCUGUAGAUGUACCCGAGAGGGUUUCUGUUCGUCUGGUUGUCAUAUCUGUCAAGUCUUGAGGAUGGCGCAAUAAACCACUAAAACAAA